GAGUUUUUCGUGUUACAACUCCCAACGUGUUGAAGGUGUCACGUGGUACCAUCUCACACACUGACGUCAAAUUGGUAGUCUCGAGUUCUAACUCACGUGCUUUCCCAUCUCACCAUGCGAGUUGCUACUCACGUUGAGUCGAGCAUGUGAGAUCGCUACACGAAAGUAAAAAUGGCUGACAGAUACGCCAUUCUUAUCGCUAUCGAAGAGUUAGAAAGAGCCGAAAGACGUUGUUUGAGAAGGCAACGAAUUUUUCGACCACGAGUAGAUGCCUUUGAUCUUCACGAAGAACAUUUUAGAAGAUUAUUUAGACUUUCCAAGGAAGUGGCAUCAAAUUUAAUAAAUGCACUUCGACCGAUACUGAAAGAACAGACUAGAAGAUCGGCAUUAAGUGUUCAAACUAGAGUUUUGGCAGCUGUAAGAUUUUUUGCCUGUGGUUCCUACCAGUUAGGAAUAGGCCAAGAUUUUACUCUAAGUAUUAGCCAGAAGUCAGUAAGUCGAGCUAUUAGAAGUGUUUCAGUAGCUAUAAGGGAUAAGUUAUUAAAGGAUUGGGUUAGAAUGCCAUUCAAUAUGCAAGAUCAUGCACAAUUGAAACAGCAAUUUUAUGAAAAAUACACUUUCCCUGGUGUAAUAGGGGCAAUUGAUUGUUGUCAUGUAGCAAUUGUAUCACCAUCUGUAGAGGAUAUCAAUUAUCCAGAACAUAUAUAUGUUAAUAGAAAAGGAUAUCACUCUCUUAAUGUUCAAUUGAUAUGUGAUGCAAACAUGUACAUAAUGAAUGUAAAUGCUCGUUUUCCUGGUAGUGUCCAUGAUGCAUUUAUAUGGAAAAAUUCCAAUGUUAGAAAAGCCUUUCAGAGAUGGCAUAACUGCAACAGAAAUGCACAUACUUGGCUUUUAGGUGACAGUGGAUACCCUUUGGAGCCGUGGUUGUUGACUCCACUUCGUACAACCAAUACUCGAGCUGAAGUAAAAUAUAAUAAUUGUCUCACUGCAACUCGAAGUAUAAUAGAACAAUGUAAUGGACUCUUGAAAAAUAGAUGGAGAUGUUUGUUGAAACAUAGGGUCUUACACUAUCAUCCAGAGACAGCUUCAAAUGUUAUAAUUGCAUGUGUUGUGCUUCACAACAUUUCCAUUAAAAAUAAUAUUGCUUUGGAGGAUGAUGAUAUAUUGCAACCAGAAGACCAGUUACCGCAGAUCAUACCAUCAACAGAAUUUGAAAAUACAUCAAAUGAUAUACUUUUUAAUGAAACUAGAAGGAUUCAACAACAACUAAUAAGCUUGUGUUUUUCUUAAAAAUAAUUUUAAUGAUAUAUAUAUCAUUAAAAAAUUGUAUGUAUAUAUUGGAUAUACUAAUAAAUUGUGUGUGUAUAUAUAUAUACAUGUCUGUUAAGAGCCUGCCUUUUUCAAGAAUAUUCAGAUAUAAAGAACAGAAAAAUCAGUACUUUAAAAUAAUAAUUUAUUUAUUUUCAAAUUAAAUUUUUUUUCAAUAUAUACAUAAAAAUAUUACAAAGAAUUUUCAGAUAAUAAAUUUACAAUGCUAUUCAGUGCUGUAGCAAUUUUUUUAAGAGAGUCUUUAUUUUCCUCAGCUAUGGAAAGUUCCUUCUCCCUUAAUUCUAGUUUUUUUUUCUUUAAUUUAAUUUUUUCUUCUUCCAGUUGUAUAAAUGAUUCUGUUCUUUUCUUUGCUUCAUUUAAAUCAUCUUCAUUGGAAUUGUUUUUUCUUUUUCUUCCUUUAGCUAAAAAACAUAAAUUCAUAUGGAAAACUUAGUCUUUGUACAUGCUAACUAUAAAAUUAAUUCUUUUACACUAAAUCUUAUAACUUUGUAUAUUAAUAUGACUUAAUACUACAUAUGCAGUUCUUUUAUGACAGAUUCUAUAAAUUCAGUUCUUAUAAUUAAUGCUACAGUUGCUUUAAUGAAGUAAUUUGAAAAUAUUUUAA